AUGGGGACGGCCAGUUAUCGCGUCUUGGCCACGGCCCUCUUCGCCGCCUGUGGAAGUGUCGCUCGCGUGGUCAACGCGGACAAGGAAGCCAUUUGCCCAGCUCCCGCGACCCUCUACAUUCAGCAUGCUGAGGCAGUGUCCGUGACACCUGUUCUUAUCUCGGCCUGGUUCCCUGAGAAGACCAACAUCGUGAUCGAUGAACAGGUCACUGUGCCGGUCACCAAUGUCCCCUCGGCUUUCUCUACGGUUGUGACAAAGACCAAGAUCGCCAGAAGCGUGGUCAUGAGGCGGUACUCACAACCCACCUACCUGCGGCUGUCCGUCUCAUACUUCAGGAACUCCGAGCUCUUCUGGUCGCGUCCCGCCCGGGAAGACGAGUACGACGGCUUCGUCUCGACGCAGUCACACAACUUCCAGGCACACAUGCACCAAGAGCCACCCAGGAAGCACCAAAUCCUUGACAACCAAACCCCAUUCCUCCUCAAAGAGUUCACGUACAUUGAGUACAACCGAAACCAAGCCUCCACCAGCACCUACUCGCUCCAGCAGCACGAAGAGUUCUCCGGGGAGCACGAGGUCAUCAUCCACGAAGCCAAGCCACACGCCCACUCACUCUGGACGUACCAGGACCUGGACAUGGUCAACGACCCAGACAAACAUCCCGCCUGCGCCUACUCGUUCAAGCAGCACCAGGAGCCACCCUGGUAG